AUGAACCCUAUAGUUACAUUUGGUUGUGCUUUGUUAGCUGCUAUUGUUAAUGCUGCUUAUACCUCGGUGUUCGACGCCCUUUGGACGUCACUUGGUGCCGAGGGAAACGAUUACGACCUUACACAUUUAUAUGAUGAUUGUAUCAACGACGUUAACGGACCUUGGAACUCACCAACGGCGGCAGGCAUUGCUGCCACCGGUCUUGUUGUUGGUGGUCGCCUAGGUUGGUUGGCGUACAGGAAAUGGAAUGGCUUCGGCAUGGAAACUCAGGAUGCAGACCAGGACCCCGAAACUGACAAGACGAACGCCCAAACCCAGGUGUCCUUAGAACAUCUGGGAGAACCAGAACCUGACCAAGAUCGACCGGAACCUGACAACGAACGAGAUGUGGAGGAACACCAGGAAGCCGACAAGAGAAACGUCGAAACCCAGGUGUCUCUAGAACAUCUUGGUCAACAACACGAAAACGAACCAGGCGAUGACAUAGAAAAUUCUAAAUUGGCAGACACCAUGCGUCUUCAAGAGGAACUGCUCGAGGGAAAGAAGAAGUUAGAAGAAGAAUUGAGAGAUGCUGCCAAUCAAAGAAACAGGAUGGAGGAGUGUCUGGAAGACGCACAAGAAGAAGUCCUGGUUCUAAAGGACGAAAUGAUGGCAUUGGAAUAUGAAAACGAGCUGAUGUUACGACAAAAGGAAACUGAAAAAGCGGCUGCCAAAGACGCCAUGGAGGUGGCUUUAGACCAGCAGCGCAGAACAAAUAAACUCUUGAAAGAGGCAGAGGCCCAGAACGAGGCUUUACAACGUCGCCUGAUGGAAAAAGACGAGUUGAUAAAGCAGAAAAAACAAGAAUUAGAACGGAAAAAGGAAGUCGAAGGCCGGGUGACAGAAGAAAGCGAGAGACUGAAAGCUGCUCUUCGACAGCAGAUGCAAGAAGUCUCAAGAAAGGAGGAAGAGCUGAACGCACUCUUGAGAGAAGUCACUCAGAAGGAAAAAGACUUCGAUUUUUACAUGAAAAAUGUUAAGAAGGACCUGGAACAGAGAGAAAAAAAUGUCUCACAAAAAGGAAAGGAGCUGGACAAAAAGUUCUCCAAUUUACAAAAGGCGAAGAAGGACAUCAAGAGCGAAGAAGAGAAAGCAGAAAAGGCGGAGCAAUCGGCCCAGGAGAAGGAAAAAGUCCUAUUGAAAUUGGAGAAUGAGUUGAAGAAGAAGGAAACAGCUGUCCUCGAUAAAGAAAAGAACCUCCUUCAAUUAGAAGAAAAGUUGCGAGGUAAAGAAGAAGCUGUCCUCACAUUGAAAAAGAAUAUUAUCAAGUUGGAUGAAGAGUUACAAGCCAAAGAAGAGGCUGUCAUCGAAACUCAGAAUAAUCUGUUGAGAUUCGAUGAGAAACUACAGGCGAGAGAAGAUGAACUGGUGGCAAAAGAAGAAUCCGUCCGCCACCAAGAAUCUGUUCUGAUGGAAUUCGAUCAGAAAUUAAAGGAAAGAGAAGAAAAACUGGUGGCAAAAGAAGAAUCCGUCCGCCACCAAGAAUCUGUUCUGAUGGAAUUCGAUCAGAAAUUAAAGGAAAGGGAAGAAGAACUGGUGGCAAAGGAAGAAUCUGUUCGCCACCAAGAAUCUAUUCUGAUAGAAUUCGACCAGAAAUUACAGGCAAGAAAACAAGAACUGUUUGGAAAAGAAGACUCCGUCUGUCACCCAGAAACAGAAGAGGACUUACAAGGGCAAAGGCAGCUCUUUCAAAACGAGGAGAGUCCAGUGAUAGACGAUGGGUUACCCAAAGAAGAUGAACCCAAAUUAAGUUGUGAGACACCCCCAGUCGACGAGGACAAAAUUCUACAUGCUGAGGAAGAAGAAAACGAAGUAACUGAACUUUCUAUUGCCGAUCCCCACACUUCACUGAAUGAAGUGGAGAGUGUGAAAGAAGAUUGCCUCAGAGGGAGGAAAGGGAAAGGAAGGAAAAAUAGACGCAGAAAGAGGCAGGAGAGACAGCAAGAGCGUCUUGAGGAGAAAAGUUCAGUGUUAGACAAUGGGUUACCUGAAGAAGGUGAACCCAAAGUAAGUUGUGAGGCAACCCCAGUCGAUGAGGACAGAAUUCUACCUACUUCGCUGAAUGAAGUGGAGAAUGUGAAAGAAGAAUGCCUUAGAGGGAGGAAAGGGAAAGGAAGGAAAAAUAGACGCAGAAAGAUGCCGGAGAGACAGCAAGAGCGUCUUGAGGAGGAAAACGCCGUUGUUUCAGAAGCAGCCGCCAGAGCUGAAGUGGAAGACGGUGAUCCUGAAGAAGGAGGAUCUGGAAGUCCAAACCUUUCAGAUGAGGACGCUUCACUGCCUGCUGGGAAGGUCGACGUGGAAAUGGCCCAACUAUCCAUUGCCAAUCCCAUCAACAUCAUCUAUGAUAUGGAACAAUUAGAAGAAGAAUGGAUAGAAGAGGAGAAGAAAGGAAGACGGAGAAACAGAAGGAGAAAGAGGCAGCGAGACCAGAAUGAAGAUUAUAUGCCUGUGAACAGUGAACCUGAAUCAGGAGUUGAAGAAAAUUUAAUAAUAGAGGACAUUGCAGAAAUGGAAGACAACGAAUCACACGAGGACAGUGAAGAAUCAAAAUAUUGGGAAGACUCAGAAGAUGAGGAGUUCUCAGAAGAGCAAGAUGAGGAGGACGAGGAGGACUCAGAAGAGGAUGAGGAGGAUGAGGAGGAUGAGGAGGACUCUGAACAAGAUGAGGAGGAUGAGGAGGACUCUGAACAAGAUGAGGAGGACUCUGAACAAGAUGAGGAGGACUUAAAAGAAGAUGAGGAGGAUGUGGAGGAAUCAAAAGAUCAAGAAGAGGACUCGGAACAAGAGGAGGAGGAUGAGAACUCAGAACAUAACAGGCCUAAAGCUAAAGCUAAAGCUCAGGCUCAAGAGUAUGUAUGGCGGAUUCCAGGGUUACCCAGGAAACGAAUACCGGGACUACAGAAGAUGAGGCCGCCAAAUCCGCGAGCGAAAAAAUGCCGCAAGAAGACGAAAGAGCAAAAGAGCCAAAUGAAACAGGCUCGAAAAGAACAAGUCUACCAAAAGUUUACGAGGAGUGAGUUCCAGCGAGGAGGAAACAGAUGGUGA